AUGUCAGAGCGCUACACCAAAGCCAUCUCGGCCAUCGACGCCGCACACGCCCUCGACCCAAACAAAAUCACCAUCUCUGGGAAAGAAAUCCCCUAUGAACUCCACUACGCCCAAAAAUGCACUGAAUACCUCGCAAAACGCGCUCCAGAGGCCUCCGAGCCCCUCCGUCUCGCAAUCCGCGCCCAGCACUUCCGCCGCUGGGAGGUACCCCGCGAUUCCUACCCCAUGACGCGCGUUGGCUAUCAUGCAUGGCGGACAUACCUCAAACAGCGACAAGCACAACUAGUGCAAUCCAUCUGCGAUGAGUGCGAGUACCCGAUAGAUUUCAGCAACAGGGUUCGUGCGUUGAUCCGGAAGGAGGACUUGAAGCAGGACGAGGAAACGCAGGUAUUGGAGGAUGUGGCGUGUCUGGUAUUCCUGGAUGACCAGUUUGAGAAAUUUGAGAAGGAGCACGACGAGGAGAAGAUCAUUGCGAUAUUAAAGAAGACGUGGGGGAAGAUGACGGAGAAGGGACAUGAGUUGGCGUUGCAGAUACCCAUGAGUGGGAGACCACAGGAGGUGUUGCAGAAAGCGCUUGCCGGGUGA